GUGAAUCACUUAGCACUGAAUACAGACUAUGCUUUAAGAACUGGUGCAUUUGAUCCAUCAAAAGGCUCAAGUGAUGAAUUAGUUACAGCAGAAAAUGAUACACUGAAAGAGAGAGCACUGCAAAGAUACACGCAUGCAAAGGGAGGAAGAAGAGAGCGAUUGGUUUCAGGCUCAGAUGACUUCACUCUAUUUCUUUGGGAUCCAGAGGAAAGCAAAAAACCUCUAGCCCGCAUGACAGGUCACCAAGCUCUAAUAAAUCAAGUCAGCUUUUCUCCUGACGGUCGCAUGAUAGCAAGUGCCUCCUUUGAUAAGUCAGUUAAAAUCUGGAAUGGUGACAGUGGAAAGUACAUCAUAUCUCUUCGUGGACAUGUGAACUCUGUAUAUCAG